ACUGUAGCAAAAAGGAAAAAAAUCUGCCUUUGGCGUCAUUGAUAGUGGACACUUAAAUUGGAGUUUGAGGCGAUGAGAUAGCUAACCGACGGUGAUGCUCUACUAUUGUUAUUCAAAGCAGUAGUACUAUCCAUGAAGGAACAGUAGAACUAUUGUUUUUUUCCAUUGAAAUGUUCUCACCUCCCGUUGACUAGAAAACAUUGCGAAGUGAUUACAAUGAAGAAGAUAUUGGUGACCGGAGCAACCGGUUACUUAGGUGGAAGGCUAUGCCACGCUCUGCUCCAACAAGGCCACCCUGUCCGAGUGUUGGUUCGACGCACCAGCGACCUCUCCUCCCUCCCUCCGCCCACUCACGCCGCCAUCGAAAUCGUCUACGGUGAUGUCACCGACUACCGGUCUCUCCUCUCUGCCUGCUCCGACUGCCACGUCAUCUUCCACGUGGCUGCCGUCGUCGAGCCCUGGCUUCCCGAUCCUUCUAAGUUCUUCUCCGUGAAUGUUGGAGGAUUGAAGAAUGUGUUACAAGCAGUGAGAGAGACAGAGACAAUUGAAAAGCUUAUAUACACUUCGUCGUUUUUCGCUCUUGGACCAACUGAUGAUGGAUGUGUUGCUGAUGAGAAUCAAGUUCAUCAUGAGAAGUAUUUUUGUACAGAGUAUGAGAAAUCAAAGGCGUAUGCCGAUAAGAUUGCCAUACAAGCUGCAUCGGAGGGGGUUCCAAUAGUGGCGGUUUACCCCGGAGUUAUUUAUGGGCCUGGCAAGGUCACUGCUGGAAAUGUUGUUGCUAGAAUGAUUAUUGAACGCUUUAAUUGGCGGUUACCUGGCUAUAUAGGGUCUGGAAAUGACAAAUUUUCUUUUAGCCAUGUUGAUGACGUAGUAGAGGGGCAUAUUGCAGCAAUGAACAAAGGACGACCUGGUGAAAGAUAUCUACUGACAGGAGAAAAUGCAUCAUUUAGGCAUGUUUUUGAUAUAGCUGCUAUCAUCACCGAGACAAAAAAGCCUAUGUUUAAUAUCCCGUUUUGGGCGAUUGAUGCAUAUGGCUUGGCCUCAGUUAUGUUCUCACGAAUUACGGGAAAGCUUCCUCUGAUCAGCCCCCCGACAGUGAAUGUUCUAAAACAUCAGUGGGCAUAUUCCUGUGAGAAGGCUAAAGUAGAGUUGGAUUAUAACCCUAGAAGCUUGAAAGAUGGACUAGCAGAGAUGCUACCGUGGCUGAAGAAUUUGGGCUUGAUAAAAUUCUAAUGAGAAUAAGUUCACCCCUUUUUUUUUCUUUUUCUUUUUCUGUUUGGUAUUGAUGUUGUGCAUUAUUGCUACUGCUAUAUUUAUAGAUCUCCUAGUGUUAAUAUAAUUUGGUUAGGAUAUAAGCUAAUUUCUGUAUGGUUUUCUAAUGCAAUUCACGGUAGCCAUUAUGACCAAGUAGUGGCUUACUGGCUUGCCUAGACAAGAUGUACCCAGUAAAUUUAGACUCAAUUGUGGGCUCUAUUGAUUCUCUGAUUA